AUGAAGGCCAUCCGACGGUCUCUGAAAGGAGACAAAGAGUCCAAGUCGCACCACGUCUCCAUCACGCCCAAGUCCGCCCUCGCUAUUCUGCCGCCCAAAAAGGUCAUUAAAGCGCUCUACGACCACGAGCCCGCGCCCGGCAACACCCAGGAAUUGGCCUUUAAUAAAGGCGACUUUUUUCAUGUCAUAAGCCGCGAAGACGAUCCCGAUUGGUACGAGGCCUGCAAUCCGCUCGUCCCCAGCGCUCGCGGCCUGGUCCCCGUGUCGUUCUUUGAGGUUGUGCACAAAAACGAAAAGGAUCGCCAAAGCGGUGGCUCCAAGGACUCGCUCAAGCAAGAGCUUCACGAUUCCGGAUAUUCGGACCGCGUCGUCCAUCACGAGCGCCAAGAGUCGUCCACCAACACCACCACCAAACAGGCCGCCUUCAGGAUGUCUACGAGCAGCAAAGGCAAUGGCGCGAUGGUGUAUGGGGUCGUGCAAUAUGACUUCAAGGCCGAACGCCCCGAUGAGCUGGAGGCCAAGACCGGCGAGGCUAUCAUCGUCAUUGCGCAAUCAAACCCGGAAUGGUUUGUCGCAAAGCCUAUCGGUCGCCUGGGCGGGCCCGGUCUUAUCCCGGUUUCCUUCAUCGAGAUCAGAGACAUGGCGACGGGUCAGGCCGUACCGGACUCGCACGAGGCUGUGAGAAGAGCAGGCGUGCCGCGCGUCGAGGAAUGGAAGAAGAUGACGGCCGAGUAUAAGAAUAGCAGUAUUACCCUGGGGAAACUGGAUACGCACCCUUCAGCAGGCGUACAGUCAGUCUCAAACGAUAUGGAGAAGUUGUCCCUGAAUGGGAAUGGACAGGGUUAUCACUCAAGAUCUGAAAGCAGAGCCGGAGCAUAUCCUCAAACGGCAUACGCGCAACAAAUUACGCAACACCCGGUCAAAACGGUGCAGCAAGCUGCUCCUCCUAGCAAUCGGCUUCUGGCGCCAGUCUCCGCUUCUAUCCCGCGAUAUUGCUUUGAUCACGAUAAGUACUGGUAUAUCAUUGAGGCAAAGAUGGAGGAUGGAACCCACUGGGAAUUAUCGCGUUAUUACCACGAUUUCUACGAUUUUCAGAUAGCGCUAUUAACGCAAUUCGAGGAGGAAGCAGGCCAUAACGGAAGACCUCGGACGUUGCCAUUUAUGCCAGGCCCAGUGACACAUGUCACGGAUGCAAUUUCCAAUGGGCGACGGCAGAACUUGGAUGACUACAUCAAAAAGCUCUUAACAAUGCCGCCACAUAUCGCGCGUUGCUCUCUGGUGUGCAAACUGUUUGCGCCUCGCCCCGGCGAUUUCGAGAUUGAUCCCAACGCGAUCGGCGACACGUAUCGGUUCUCUGGCGAAUCUCAGCAAUCGUCCGGCCAAGAUGGCUCCGCUACCGACUCUCGGCAAUCUUCUCAGGCGCAUAUCAGUGCGUCUGCCACGGUAUAUGCGACUCCUAACGGGGUGCCUUCUACCCGCACAUCCCAUCAACGCCAACAGCCGUCUCUGUCUCAGCAGAAUAGCUUCGCUUCACAGUCACGAACAGAGCUGCAGAUCCCUCCUAUGAACCGACAGGCUAGCUCAUUGACGCAGGCAUCCAACACUUCCAGCACGCAUGCGAUGAAAGUUAAAGUUUUCUUCCAAGAUGAUAUUAUCGCUAUCCGUGUUCCCGGUGAUGUCAACUUCCAACAGUUGCAAGACAAACUCCGUGACCGACUGAAGGUCAACAGUGAAAUGGUGAUUCAGUACCGGGAUGAAUCGACCAACGACUUUGUCAAUUUGCUAAGUGAUCAUGAUUUGGACUCGGCUCUUCAGCGAAAUUCGAAGCUGACGCUCCGCGUUACAGUGCCAUAG